GCGGCUCCUCUCGGUGGGGGGUGAACACAGCAGAAGAGUUUCUGCCACACUGCAGACCGCACCUGCUGCAUUUCCCUGCGAAGCCAGGUCUUUGCUGGGUAACAGCGGGGUGGGAAGCCGAUCUGGAGAAGGGGGCGCGCCGGCGGGAGAAGGGACAAGAAAGGGGUCUGCAGAGCCUGUCUGGCGGCACCACAAUAAUAGCCACACGUCUCCCGCGGGGCUGAAUCCCGCCGUGGGCCUGGGAUAGCUGCUAUUGAUUAUCUCCUCCUCGCCUACUUUAUUACGUUGGCAGGAACCUCUCACCAGCGCUCCUCAACUUCUGCCCUCCCCCAUCUCCCGGCCCGGCAGCCCCCAGCUGAGCUCUCCUGGAGCUUCUGGCAACGUCACACCUCCUGAGGACAGCCAGGACUCCAGCUUUUGCUGAGCUUUGCAUCUUGCCUCCUUCCGUCCAAAGGCUCCAGACACAGGCUCGGCUGUCGAGUCCCGCAUGCCCCUGGCCAGGCACCUCACCGCCCAUCCAGCCCAGCCCAGUCCUAGAGCUCACCUCCAGGACCCAGAGUCUGCCCUCCUGCCCAGAAUGACUCACCAUUAUUUCUAGCUCAAGUGAGAAGAUGUGAUGGGGAGUUGGGCUGCCUGUUUGUGCAUCUAACAUUCCCGCAGCUUCUGAUCAGCUCUGCAAGGAAGAGAGCUUCAGGUUCCUGUCUGGUCAGCCAAGCGAGGCUGUCUCUCCAGCUCUCAGAGAGCUCUCGGGGCUCUCCUGCAGGAGCCCAGGCCAAUGCUCCUGUGCUUCCUGGGGCCAGUAGCAGCAUCCUGAGCUCCCUGCCGCCAGGCAGCUGAAAGGCAUAGCGUGAGGCACUUCUCUCAGUCCCAAUUAUGACAGUGGCCACCGGAGACCCAGCAGAUGAGGCUGCUGCCCUCCCUGGGCACCCACAGGACACCUAUGACCCAGAGGCAGACCACGAGUGCUGUGAGAGGGUGGUGAUCAACAUCUCAGGGCUGCGGUUUGAGACCCAGCUAAAGACCUUAGCCCAGUUUCCAGAGACCCUCUUAGGGGACCCAAAGAAGCGAAUGAGGUACUUUGACCCCCUCCGAAAUGAGUACUUUUUCGAUCGGAACCGCCCUAGCUUUGAUGCCAUUUUGUACUACUACCAGUCUGGGGGCCGAUUGAGGCGACCUGUGAAUGUGCCCUUAGAUAUAUUCUCUGAAGAAAUUCGGUUUUAUGAGCUGGGAGAAGAAGCGAUGGAGAUGUUUCGGGAAGAUGAAGGCUACAUCAAGGAGGAAGAGCGUCCUCUGCCUGAAAAUGAGUUUCAGAGACAAGUGUGGCUUCUCUUUGAAUACCCAGAAAGCUCAGGGCCUGCCAGGAUUAUAGCUAUUGUGUCUGUCAUGGUGAUUCUGAUCUCAAUCGUCAGCUUCUGUCUGGAAACAUUGCCUAUCUUCCGGGAUGAGAAUGAAGACAUGCAUGGUGGCGGGGUGACCUUCCACACCUAUUCCAACAGCACCAUCGGGUACCAGCAGUCGACUUCCUUCACAGACCCUUUCUUCAUUGUAGAGACUCUCUGCAUCAUCUGGUUCUCCUUUGAAUUCUUGGUGAGGUUCUUUGCCUGUCCCAGCAAAGCCGGCUUCUUCACCAACAUCAUGAACAUCAUUGACAUUGUGGCCAUCAUCCCCUACUUCAUCACCCUGGGGACAGAGUUGGCUGAGAAGCCAGAGGACGCUCAGCAAGGCCAGCAGGCCAUGUCACUGGCCAUUCUCCGUGUCAUCCGGUUGGUAAGAGUCUUCAGGAUUUUCAAGUUGUCCAGACAUUCCAAAGGUCUCCAGAUUCUAGGUCAGACCCUCAAAGCCAGCAUGAGAGAAUUGGGCCUCCUGAUAUUCUUCCUCUUCAUAGGGGUCAUCCUUUUCUCUAGUGCUGUCUACUUUGCAGAGGCCGAUGAGCGAGAGUCCCAGUUCCCCAGCAUCCCAGAUGCCUUCUGGUGGGCAGUCGUCUCCAUGACAACUGUAGGCUAUGGAGACAUGGUUCCGACUACCAUUGGGGGGAAGAUAGUGGGUUCCCUAUGUGCAAUUGCAGGUGUGUUAACUAUUGCCUUACCGGUCCCUGUCAUUGUGUCCAAUUUCAACUACUUCUACCACCGGGAGACAGAGGGAGAGGAGCAGGCCCAAUACUUGCAAGUGACAAGCUGUCCAAAGAUCCCAUCCUCCCCUGACCUAAAGAAAAGUAGAAGUGCCUCUACCAUUAGUAAGUCUGAUUACAUGGAGAUCCAGGAGGGGGUAAACAACAGUAAUGAGGACUUUAGAGAGGAAAACUUGAAAACAGCCAACUGUACCUUGGCUAACACAAAUUAUGUGAAUAUUACCAAAAUGUUAACUGAUGUCUGAUUGAAACCUAUUACCAUACUCACAGCUCAAUGGAACUAAUGCAGAUGUCGCAUAAUAGCCUGCGUUGUAGUCAGUGUGUUCUACAGUGUGUAUCUGGUUCUGCAUGGAAAGCAAUAGUUGUGCAAGUGA